UAUAUGUGAAAAUCUGGGUUGGCUAGUCGAACCGGAUCACAAUCAAGACUGCCGUUGCGCAGUGGAAGCCGUUGCGCAGUUUCUAGGUAACCGAGAUCUGCCUUGGUCCCCGGAUGUAGCCAGGCGAAGAUUCCUGUCCUCACAUACCUCUGGAUUUGGUCAGGUUGAGAGGCAGUUGUGAAUGAGGUGGUUAGGACAGAGGACCAGGGUUACUGGUUAGGAGUCCCAGGAACACCUCAGAUAGAAUUAAAGAAUUUGUCACCAUGAAGAAACUCUUCAGCUUCUGGGUAAAGGGGAAGACCGACGAUUCCCACAGCCGAUCCUCAGAACUGUCCAUGAGCAUGGCCAGUACUGAUCCCAGCUUGUCCACGAGUCGGGGACAUCACCUUCAAGAUAAGCCCUUAAAGAAACUUCACAAAGCUGCUUCAGUUGGCAAUGUGCAAAAGUUCAAGAAAUACCUUGAAUGCAAGAAGCAUGAUGUGAAUGGGCGGGACAAAAAAAGCAGAACACCUUUGCAUUUGGCCUGUGCUAAUGGAUAUAUAGAUAUUGUGUAUCUCUUAAUUGAGAACCAAUGCAAAAUUAAUGUCCAGGAUAGUGAAAACAGAACCCCAUUGAUCAAGGCAGUACAGUGUCAACAGGAGAAUUGUGCUAUGGUUCUUCUACAGCAUGGUGCAGACCCAAAUCUGGUGGAUUUUAAUAGUAAUACUGCCCUCCAUUAUGCUGUUUGUGGUCAAAAUAUCUCACUAGCUAAUGAAUUGCUUGAAUACAAAGCCAAUCUUGAAGCUAAAAAUAAGGAUGGCUACACUCCACUUUUACUUGCCGUUGCUGAAAAUAAUGUAAAUAUGGUAAAAUUCCUUGUGAAGAAAGGAGCAGAUGUUAAUGCAUCAGAUAACAACCACAGAACAGCUAUUAUGAUUGCUCUUACUGUUGAACCAACAAAUUCUGUAAAACUUCUUCUUCAACAAGAUAUGAACUUAUCCUGCAGAGAUAUUAUGGAUUUACGGCUGAGGAAUAUGCUUCUUUUAAUGGCUUUACUAUACAAAAAGGAGACUAAGACACCAGGAGAGAAACAAAGGAAGGUGUUACACAGAGGGACAACUGAUGUGGAGACUCAGCAAGAGGACAGGCAUCCCCAAGGUAUCAUCAGAUAAUUGCCAAUAAUGGAACCAAGAAGAAAACCAAGUCAACAGCUGACUGACUGAGCAGUUUUUCUUGUUACUUUAUAUUUGCUUUCAAGAAAGGAAACAGCCUUUUCUUUUCAGUAUAAUAAUUAACUAUGGAAUUAAAGUUUUCCUCAGUUUUGAAAUAAAAAAUCAUUUUGAAGA